AUGAGGUUCCUCGGCGUUGCUGCUGGGGUCUUGUCUUGCGGCAUCCUAUGCGCCGCCGAGCUCACGGCCAACUCGCUGCCCAGCGACUUCAAGCCGCCACAAGUCUUCAAACAUACGAAUCUGGUGCGGAAUAUAAACCUCGAGAAGGGAUAUGCCCGGGAGUCCGUCAAUGUCGUUGUCCAGAACACGGACAAGAAGCCCCAGAAUGAAUACUACGUGCCUUUCCCGUCGACUGUGUUUGACCACGUUGGAGGCUUCGAGGUUCGCAACAAGCAGUCGCCCGAGCAGGGAAGCUUUCCGGUGACGGCUUCCCGUGUCGAGGGAGACAGCGAUGUGCACUUCUACAAAGUCACCCUCCCCGAACCACUCGCCCCGUCUGCCCAGAUCACUCUUGGCACUUCAUACUAUUUUCUCGGAUCUCUGAGCCCUCUUCCAAAGUCAAUUGAUCAGAAUGACCAGCAAUUCCUCGUCUACUCCUCGGACGCCUACGCGCCAUCUGCCUACGAAACUGAAACCCAAAAGACCAAGGUCAAAUUCCCCAGCCCCAACGUGCCCGAGUACACGACCACGUCCAAAUUGAAGUCAGGGCAGGACCCGGAAAAGCAAGGAACCAGCUACACAUACGGGCCAUACACCAAGGUCGCCCCCGGUGCUACGUAUCCUGUUACUUUCCGAUUCGAAGCCACCAAGCCUGUCCUGGCCAGCUCUAUUCUCGAAAGAGACGUCGAGGUCUCGCACUGGGGUGGCAACAUUGCUUUUGAGGAGCGCUACUGGCUUCGUAACGAAGGUGCCAACCUCUCCAAAAACUUUGACCGCGUCGACUGGGCUCGCCUGUCCUACACCCACAUGCCCACAGCCGCAUUGAAGGAGAUCACAUACCCAUUGAAGCCUGGAUCCGUCGACCCUUAUUUCACCGACGACGUUGGAAACGUGUCCACCAGCCGCUACCGCCCGGGCAACCCAGGCCGUGAUGCCCACCUCGAACUCAAGCCUCGCUACCCCGUGUUUGGAGGAUGGAAGUACAGUUUCCGAGUUGGCUGGAACAACCAGCUGUCCUCUUUCCUGCGCAAGACCGGCGGUGAAUCCUACGCUCUCAAGGUCCCCUUUAUCGAAGGGCCCAAAAGUCCCGAAGGCGUUCAGUAUGAUAAAGUCGUCGUCCGUGUCGUUCUCCCCGAGGGCGCCUCGGAUGUCCGCUACGAGGUUGUUGACGGAAAGGGCCCCAACGGUCUCCCCGAUGCAUCCCAGAUUGUGGCCAACAUCUCCACCCAUCGCACUUUCAUGGACACUAUCGGCCGCACCGCCCUGACCCUAACCGUCGACAACUUGUCCGACGAAGCUAGAGAUUCACAACUAGUGGUUUCAUACAACUACCCCUUCUCGGCCUCCUUCCGCAAACCCCUCACCUUUACUGCCGGUUUGUUCGGCAUCUUUGCUUCAGCGUGGUUCAUUGGAAGCCUGGAUAUCAGCAUCAAGAAACGAUAA